GUGGCUGCCAAAAUAUUUGGAAUAGAUACAGAAUGAGGGACAGGAGCGCACGAAGGGUACUUAAGAAGGGAUGGCCAUGCGAAACUUUUGUUCCCUCUCUCUCAACUUCUUCAAAGUUGAUUCUUCCCCAGCAACAAGAUCAUCAUCAUCCUCAUCAUGCUCUCCAACCUAGCCCUGCUCCUGGCAAGUGGCACGUUAGCCAUUGCCUGUGAUGAACUGCCCAUCGCCUCUUGGUCAUACGACGGUCCUCCCCCGUUUCAAUACCAGACUGCUUCUUGGGACCCCAAGGUGUUCCACAAGCUAGGGGGCUUCUCACCUUGGUUCCCUUCUACAGGGGUGUACGGUGUACCUGGGUAUCCUGGUCAGGUACCUGAUGGAUGUUCAGUCGAUCAAGUCCAAGUGUACAUGCGCCACGCUGAGAGGGAGGCCAGUGGUGGCACAGCCAGAGGUAUAGCUGCUCUGGUGAAGAAGUUGGCGAAUUCGACUUUCCAAUCGUCUGAUCCGAACAUCCAGUACCUCCAGACGUGGAAUUACUCCUAUCCCGCUGAAUACCUCUCACCUCUCGGAUACUCUGAUGCCACGGCCGCCGGCGUAGCUUUCCAGCAUGCCUAUAGCCCUCUCCUUGGCGCAAGCUUUUACUUCAACAACACUGGCCCAAAGAUCCCCAUCCGAUCGACCGAUCAAGAGCGAGUCAAUGCGACUGCUAAUGCCUUUGCGGCUGGCAUGAUGGGAUUCAACUAUUCUGCGUUCUCAAAUUGGCUAGUAACCCCUGAUUCGUCGACCACAUUCAACUCGACCCUCGCAUCUAACAACUGUCCAGCUGUGAACACCAUCGACUCGACUGCCAAUGGGAUUUUCAACAGUUACUUUCAGCCGCUGGUCAGAGACAGAUUGGCACCUUUGAUGCCUGGUUUCAACCUCACCACGAACGAUGUGGGAUCCCUUAUGAACGCUUGUCCAUUUGACUCGUUCAAUCGUUUGAGUCCUUCUCCCAUAUGUUCCAUCUUCACUCCGGAAGAAUGGCUAGGGUACAAUUAUGCCUACGAUCUGAAUCAGUUUGACAACGCAGGGUACGGUGGACCCAUUGGUACCGCCUGGGGCGUAGGAUGGGUAGCAGAAAUGAUCGCUCGAUUGAAUGACUCUGCUGUCAUCCCCGUCGGAUCAGUCAACACCACCUUGGACAGUAACCCGGCUACGUUCCCUCUCAACUCAUCGGUCUACCUUGAUUUCACACAUGACACGUCCCUGGAGAGCUCGCUCACCGCCAUGGGGCUCUUCAAAGCAGACUACAAUGGCAACGUCACAUUGGAUCAGAUCGACCCCAACCGAGCUUGGCAGUCUGCUUUGAUUUCGCCCAUGGGAGGCCGACUAUUCGUCGAGCGUCUCCAAUGUCAAUCCACCGGCAACCAAUCUACCUACCCAUUCGUCAGGAUGCUGCUGAAUUCAGCGGUCGUGCCUUUGUAUACCCUGACUGAGUGCAACCACUCCUGGGGCGCAAACCAGGGUCUAUGCGAGCUGCCUUUGUUCCUUGAAAGUCAGACGUUUGCCCUGAACGGAGCCAACUUUUCCAACUGCUACAACAACUACACCAACGUCCCACUCUAGGUGAUGAAGCUCCGUAGUGAAGGGGUAUCAUAGAGUCUUAUAAUAAUCCCCGUCUAGACA